AACGAAAAUGAUUCAAAAUAACAGAAAAAUUCAAAUGCUGUUGAAGCAGAGCAGAAAAUAUAGGAUGUUAGCUUUGAUAUCUAGGAAGCUCUACAGGAAAUACGUUUCGUUACUCUCUAGUCCGGUUAAAUCCCGAAAACGUAGGGUGUGGUCAACUGUAGAAAAUUCUAGAUUUUGGGAAGAUGAAGUACCAAAGUUUAGUGAUAAAAAGUUCAAAAACACGUUUCGGGUUGACAGAUGUACGUUUAAUUUGUUGGUCAAAAAAUUACAUCGCCUGCAAAGAGAAGAUACUCUUUGGCGGUCUGCUAUUCGGUUGGAGAAACGCAUCGCUAUUGCCCUAUAUGCUUUCGGAUCGUCAGCGGAAUAUAGAACUAUUGGAAGUCUAUUCGGUGUAGGAAGAAUAACUACGGGUGAACUGGUCAUUGAAAUCGGCAAUGCGGUUGUAGAUGUUGUGCAACACGAAGUGUUUGACGCAUACCCACCAACCUCGGAGAAGAUAUCAGAAAUAGUCGGUGGCUUCGAGAAACUGGGUUUUCCACAAUGCUACGGUGCCAUUGAUGGAUGCCAUAUAGAAGUCAAAGUACCAAAAAAUGAGGCAACCGACUACUAUAACUUCAAAGGAUGGCAUUCGGUUAUUCUGUUUGCUGCGGUGGAUCAUCGUUACCGGUUCACAUAUAUCAACGUAGGAGUUCCUGGCCGUUCAAAUGAUUCAACUAUUUUUGAGAACUCCAAACUCAAAAAAGUACACUGCACGAACGAGACAUUUAAGGCGCAUUCGAAACUAAUCGAAGGGGUUGUAGUACCGAUGCUGUUGAUCGGCGAUUCGGCUUUCAGACUGUCAAACCAGCAUGCCGACGGGUUGUAG